AUGGGUUCUUCUUUGAAGAGUUUUAUUAAGGACGUACGUGGUGCGAAGACAUUAUCUGAGGAACGAUCUAUCAUUCAGAAGCAAUCUGCAAAGGUUAGAACUAAAUUGAGAGAUGACCAUCUUUCGUUGGAGAAAAGGAGAAAAAACAUUCAAAAGUUAAUGUAUUUGUUUAUUUUAGGAGAAAAAACCCAUUUUGGUCAAGUCGAGUGUAUUAAUUUGAUUGCAUCUGACGAGUUUGUUAAUAAGAGGUUGGGUUAUUUAGCCGCUGUCUUAUUGUUAGAUGAAUCUCAAGAUUUAUUGACCUUAUUGACAAAUUUAAUGAGUAAUGAUUUGAAUCACUCAAAUAAAUAUAUUGUUUCUUUAGCUUUAACAACACUGGGAUUUUUAAGUUCACCUGAAUUGGUCCGUGAUUUAUAUCCAGAUGUGAACAAUAUCUUAAAGACUUCUAAAAAUGUUUUUUUGGUGAAAAAGGCCUUACAAUGCACUGCCAAAAUGAUCUCCAAAGAUAUAACUCUAUUUGAUGUAUUUUCAUUAGACACGAUCAAGGAUAUUCUAAAUAAUAAUUCAUUGGUUUGUCAUGGUACAUUAUUAGGUGUUGGAAAAGUUAUUCAAGCUUACGUUAAAGGAUUUCCAGCUUACUUAGAAAUGUUAAAAAGUGAUAACACGAAUAUCGAGGCAAUGGAGCAAAUAUUAGUUGCUGAUAUUUCUGAGAUUAUUCCAGAGAUAAUUUUACAGUUAAAAAAUUUGAAUAUGAAAAACACAAAACCAGAAUAUGACGUGAAGGGUGUUUGUGAUCCAUUUUUACAAGCUGAAUUGAUUCAAACCUUAAAAGUAAUUUUUCAAUUAGAAAAUACUGCUAUAAAUGAUCAAUUUUUAAACAAGUUCGAGGAUUUAUUGACUUUUAUUGCUACAAAUACAGACCCUUCUAAAAGCAGUGGUCAAUCUAUUCUAUACGAAACUGCUAAAACCAUCUUUUCUCUCAACUUAGAGCAAUCUCUACGUGUUUUAGGUAUCAACAUAUUAGCCAAUUUUUUAAAUGGCAAAAAUAACAACAUCAAAUAUGUGGCUUUGAAUACUCUAUUACAAGUGAUUCCACAAGAUCCAUCUGCAGUUCAGAGACAUAGAAAGUAUAUUUUAAAAUGUUUAUUUGAUCCAGAUGUUUCAAUCAAGAGUAGAGCAUUAGAAUUGACUUUUGCUAUUUUAGAUGAAAGUAACAUAGUUGAAUCUAUAACAGAAUUGGUCAACUUUUUGGAAUAUUCAUCUGAAGAUAACACUGACUUGAAUAUAUACAUAGUUGAACAUUUAGUGAACGCAUUUGAUACAAUCAAAGUUUCUGAUGAAAAAUGGAAAUUAGAUAUAUUUUUGAAAAUAUUAGAGUUAACUGGUUCAUACAUGACACAGGAAAGAAUUAAUGACAUUUUAAUUACUUUAAAUAACGUUACUAAUUUCGAUAACAAAAAUCAUUUUGUUGUAAAAUUAUUAAAUAUUUCUUUAAAGAAAUACGAGGAGGCUAAUAAGUCUGUUGACCUUUUUUCUGAUAAUUUUGCUUGGAAACUUGUAACAGUUUGGUGUAUUGGUGAAUAUGCGGAUUUAGUGUUAUCUAAAUCUAAAUCAUCUAUUAUCAGUGAAACUAAUUUGACUAAAUACUUAGUGGACCUUGAUACCUAUUGCACUGCAGCUGAUACAAAGAUACUAGAUUAUCUACUAACUGCAACUUUGAAAUUAUCUUCCAAAAUAACUAAUGGCAAAGCAAUUGAAGAUCUAAGACAAAUAAUUUUGACACAUACUAAAGACGCCAAUUUACUAAUUCAAAUGAAGAGUGUUCAAUAUGAACUGAUAUUUUCUCAACCUGUGGCCAUCAAAAAACCCAUCUUAGAAAUAAUGCCAAAAUUUGAAAAAAAACAAAAACCAAUAUUUGAAAGUAUACAUAGGGCCAGCAGUGUAAUUAAAAAGACGGAGAAGCCACGAUCAAAUAAUGAUUUAUUAUUGGAUUUGUUGGGAGAUGAUACUAUUGGUGAUAAUUCUAACGCCAGAAAACCUACCAACUCAGAUAAUAGUCCACAAGGAAAUGCAGAUAAAGAUCUUUUAGCAGACAUUUUUGGUUCUUCUAAUAACCGUUCAGAAUCUGUAUCUCAGACCCAUAUUGAGUCAGUAUCAAAAGACCAUAAUACAAAUAGUGUUCAGUUACCUUCUGAUGCUGCUGAAAUAUACGACGAUGAUAAUAUUACUAUUUAUGGACAAGUAAACUCGAUAGAGACACGCCUUGCUCAAAUAGAAUUAUACUUCAAGUCUAAAGGCAAUAUAACUGAAUUACUUUCUUUAUGUGCCGUUACUAAAACACAAAAAUUAGUUAUGGGUACUUUAAUCCCAAGUUCAGACAUUAAUACCGGGAAUAUUUCUAAACAAUCUCUUAAGAUCACGGGAAGUGGCAAAUUAAAGUUGAGAGUCAAGUUGGAAUUCAAGAUUGAUGGAGUCGACCACAGUGAACUUUUUGAUCAUAAAUUCGACCACUCAAUUUGA